AUGAAAUUAAGCCUAAUAUUCUGUUUCAUUGCUUUAAUCUUAGCAUAAGACCCGACAGAAGCACCAGCAUAAGAGGAGAAUCCAUAAACUGUUGAGCCACCCUAGCCAGUGGUAUAGCCAAUAACUGCUUUGCCCACUAACAUUGACACUUUGAUAUCAGGCCAUCCUUUGAUUUUAAUUGAAUUUUAUGCAUCUUGGUGUGCUCCAUGCAAAUAAUUUGCUCCUGAAUAUCAACAACUUACCGAUAAGGCAUCUAAGCACUCUAUUGCUUGUGCUGCUUACGAUUCACAGAGAGACCCAGAUAGAUAUGCUCUUGAAAAAUUCAAAAUCUCAUCUUUCCCCACUUUCAUCUUUUUCAUUGAUGGUAAGCCUUUUCAAUUUACUGGGUAAAGAAGUGCUGAUUCCAUACUUUAAUGGAUGUUAUAGUUGGUCAAUGGGCCAAAUCCCACCGAGAUCUUGACAUAAGAUCAAUUCAAUCAAUUUUUGAAUGACAAUGAUGUUGUACUCUUCUAUUAAGGAUCAGAAAACAAUAUCAACGAUCCUAAUUAUUGGACCUUCUUCGAGAUGAGUAAGACAAAUUCAGAUGCCGCAUUUGCCUUCUCAUAUCUUUUCCCCAUUGGUAAACCAGGAAGAUUGUAUUAUUAUUCAAAAGAAAUCUCAGAGAAAAAGCAAUUCAAUCAAGCAUUCACAAAACAAAAUAUUGAAAGAUUUUUAUUACAAAAUUAAUUGCCUGAUGUACCAUAAUUAAAUGAGUAAUCAGAAAAACUCGUUUAUUCUGGAGCUACUCCUGCCUUUAUUUUAUUCAGCAGUUUAGAUGAGUAAUCCAUCAAAGCUGAAAAAGCAUUCCUUGAAACAGCCUAAUUGUUUAAGAAGACAUAUCAAUUUUCAUUCGCAAAAAUCACCGAUGAAAAAUUUUUCGAUUAAUUGAAUUAACUUGGAGCAGAUGACAAUGUGUUCCCCAAGAUCAUAGCUUGGAAUUAAGGAUUAAAAUACAAAUACAAUGGACCCGACUUUACUGUCAAAGGAAUCAAGAACUUCAUUUUUGAUUUCAGAUAAGGCAAAAUUGAGAAAUUCAUCAAAUCUGAACCAGUCCCUGAUUACACUUAAGAGAACACUUAUAAAGUUGUAGCAUUGAAUUAUGAGGAAGAAGUUAUCAAAAGCAAGAAGGAUGUUUUACUUGAAUUCUAUGCUACAUGGUGUGGACAUUGCAAACAAUUUAAACCACUCUAUGAUCAAAUUGCUUAUGAAUUGAGAGAUAAUCCUAACAUCGUCGUAGCUCAAAUAAAUGCUCCUGACAAUGAAAUUUCUGACGUUUAUCAACCUCAUUCCUAUCCAGAUGUUGUGUUGUUUAGAGCUGCCGAUAAAUAGAGAAAGGCUAUUCCUUGGAAAGGAGAUAGUAGAACUGUGGAAUCAGUUUUAGAGUUUGUUAGAAAUAAUACAAUUGUUACAAAAUGA